AUGUUGGGGACCUACAACACGGAGACCAAGCCCGACCUCUUGGACGGAAAGGACAGUUCCAUUUGCCAUAUUUGUAGCGACGUGGCCACUGGAAGACACUACGGAGCAAUCGCUUGCAACGGAUGUAAAGGAUUUUUCCGGAGGACCGUAAGAAGAAAUUAUGACUAUCACUGCAGAUUUGAAUCCAAGUGCGAUAUUGAUAAACAUAAUCGAGCAGUUUGUCGAUACUGUCGGUUUAUGAAAUGCAUAGCUUCUGGGAUGAGAGAUGAUCAAGUUCAAAGUGAACGGGAUGUUAUUGGGAAACGAGAGAAAAAAGACAAUGUCAAAACCUACACGGCACAUGAUCCAACACCGAGAACAUCUCCAGAACUCGCUUUAUCACCUAAUGAAGACUAUGAGCAGCUCCUAGAAAGUCUUUUAAAAUCAGAGAUGACAAUUCAAAGUCUCCGAGAAACAGUGAUCACUCAGACCGGAAACGUGGAAUACACCACGAAAUCCAAGAAUCGACUUGCAAAUGCGGAUAGCACUGCGACACUGAACGAUGUUCUCAAAUCCAUGCAUAGUCAGCUUUUGUUGGUUAUAGAAUGGGCCAAAACAAUUCCAGAAUUCACGCAACUUUCUGGGGCAGAUCAGGCUGUUCUUCUUAAAAACUUUGCUGGACAACACGUGACCCUCUGCGUGGCUUAUCGCUCUGUUGGAGCAAAUGAUGCAUUAAAAUUACUCAACGAUUUGUACAUUCCAAGAGCUUCAAAAACAACACCACAUUUGAAAGAAUAUGUUGAUGGAUUCUAUUUGAGAGACUGUGAAAAGGUUAUGGAUCAGUUGGUGGAGCCAAUGCGGUUUUUGAAACUUGAUAAUAAGGAAUUUGUCGCUCUCAAGGCUUGUGUUCUGUUCAACCCAGUUGCUCCGGGUCUCUCCCCACCUGCUUGUAAUUUGGUACUCAGUGCCAGAAGGAAGUUUUUCGCAGCUUUUGAAAAAUAUGUGAAAGUCAACAAGCCAUUGGAAACAACACGAGUUGGAGAUCUAACCUUUUUCUUGCUCACACCACUUUCCGUUCUAUCGAAAUCCAUUUCUGAAGAUAUCAUGUUCACCAAAGUCAGUGGUGUUGCUAGAAUAGACGUUUUGAUGGAAGAGUUGAUUUUAGCAGAAACAGAUUAUGGAGAGGAUAGACAAGAUCAAACCCCAUGUUCAGUGAUUAAUGACACGCCAUCAUGCAGCCAGGACAUUUGUGGAAUCCUUCCAGAUGAUCUUCUUCGGACUUCAACUUCCAGCAACUCUCCCACUAACUCAAACUUGUCAGCUGGGCUGAUGCUCAAAACCGAUGAUGUGAUCAUGUCAGGCAUCGCAGCACAAUACACAAAUUCACAAGCCCACCACACUCCACGAUACAACGACACCCCACAUGCCAACAUUCCCUACACUCAAUACAAUUCUGUAUACAAUCAGUAUUCGAACGGAUAUUCUUAA